AUGGCGGUCGCUGAGAAUGUUGGAACCAAAGUCGAUGCUUCCGGUGAGAAUUUGGACAAGAGUGUGGUUUCAUCGGACUCGACUGAGGUUGAGAAAUCUAAACCCAGAAGCGAUCAGAAUCUGAACGGCAACAACAAUACCAAUGGUGGUGUGUUUGAUCAUCAGCCAGACAGUGUUGUUCCUGCUGCUGCUAUGACUGUUCCGAAUGGAAAUCAUGGCUUCAAGAGUCAUCAGAUGGGUCAGAUGCAUGGGAAUGGGGCACAGAAUCAGAAUCAGCUUUUGGUGGUCAACAAUGGGGGAGAGAGUUUCAAGCGUGAAAUGAGGGAUUUGGAGGAGUUGUUGUCGAAGUUGAAUCCCAUGGCGGAGGAAUUUGUUCCUCCGUCACUGGUAACUAAUUAUCAGGGAUAUUUAGCUGCUGCUGGACCUAAUGCUGGGUUUGGUUACCCUAACAAUUUUUUGCUUCCGAACAAUUCUGGGAAUGCUAAUGGACAGAAUAACGGACAGAUUAACAUGAGGAGAAAGAAUGGAUAUAAUAAUGCGAAGCGGAGAGUAAAUCAUAAAAUGGACAUGGAGAAAAGAGAAGAGAUGAUUAGGAGGACUGUUUAUGUGUCUGACAUUGAUCAGCUGGUCACUGAAGAGCAGCUGGCAGCUAUCUUUCUUAACUGUGGUCAGGUUGUUGAUUGCCGUGUAUGUGGGGAUCCCAAUUCUGUUCUUCGGUUUGCCUUCGUCGAGUUUACGGAUGAAGCCGGUGCUAGGACUGCUUUGAACCUGUCUGGAACCAUGCUCGGAUUUUACCCAUUGAGAGUGCUCCCUUCAAAGACUGCCAUUGCACCUGUUAAUCCAACAUACCUGCCUAGGUCUGAAGAUGAAAGAGAGAUGUGCACUAGAACAAUUUAUUGCACAAAUAUCGACAAGAAGCUUACUACAGCAGAUGUCAAACACUUCUUUGAAUCGCUUUGCGGAGAGGUUCAACGCCUGAGGCUUCUCGGGGAUUACCAUCAUUCAACUCGAAUUGCUUUUGUGGAGUUCACCGUGGCUGACAGUGCAAUUGCAGCACUGAGCUGUAGUGGCGUGGUUUUGGGCGCACUUGCUAUAAGGGUGAGUCCAUCCAAGACACCAGUCCGCCCUCGCGCAACCCGUCCUCUCAUGCACUGA